AUGCCCAGAUACUCGGAUUCAGAUAAAGCGUGGAUUUACAUGUCUUUCGCUGUCCUAAACCGCGAAAAAGAAAUAUUACAAAUUUUAGAGAAAUUGGAAGCCGAUGGAAUGCACGGUCAAGACAUAAGUAAUAACGAGAUGGCUAAGAGUCAUGCUCGGUAUCUGGUUGGUGGGAGGAGUAAUGUUGAAAACGAACGACUCUAUCGUUUCGAAUUCCCGGAGCGACCUGGUGCACUUCAAAAGUUUCUUCUUGGAUUACAAUCAAAUUGGAACAUUUCAUUAUUCCAUUAUCGUAACCAUGGCGCAGGAAGGGUGUUGGUCGGAAUUCAAGUACCACCUCAAGAUUCAGAAGCUUUUGAAAAUUUUAAAAAUAAUCUAGGCUACCACGUAGUAGAUGAAACAGAGAAUCCUGUUUAUAAUCAAUUUUUGAAAUAG